GAGCUCAGGUUUAAAAGAUUCCCCCUAGAGAAAGUAGAGUAACACACACACAUUCACUGGAAGUUAUCGUAGAUGAUUAUCCUCACUACGUUUUUUUUUUUUUUUUUUUUUUUUAUCACAUCGACGAUAAUACGAUGUUUUCUAAAGCAACCAGGAAAUUUGUGAAUGAGAUUGACCCUGACGGCUGUUUAAUCCCCGUUUCCCGGAUAAAUGAAUCAGAUAAUCUGAGUGUUGUUUCGGUGGUAAUCAAGCGGAAUCCGUCCUGGUUCUGGCAGCAACCCAAGUACAUUCCCACAGACUUCACCUUGAACGACGUCCUACUUGGGGAAGAUCCUAUAGAACCAGUUCUCAUUGAAACAGACUUUUUAAAAUAUAAUGGUACAGUUGAAAACAGUGAGGCUGGAAAUGCUGAAGCAAGUUUCGGCCCUGCAAAUGUGAAUGUCACAGGAAAAGGAUUACGCAAACUGGCAUCCUCAUUUGGGAGCCUUACGAAGCAAGAAGUGGAUGUUCAGAAACUUAUAUGUUACACUAAAAAUAGAUGUCUGGAUUUACAGCACUCCCUGUUGAAGCAGGUACUGCAGCAGAGGCACAAGGUGUUCGCGCUGGUCAAGGAGCGAAUCAUAACCACACAGACCUGCACAGUUACUGAAACAGUUCAGGGAGAAGGAAGCUGCUCAUCCUUUCUUGGAUUCACUGUUCCCAAGAAGAUUCAGGUUUCGGUAAAGAAUGGCAGCCUUCAUUCUGACAGCAAAGUUUCACUAGAAAUCCCAGCUAAAACAGCCCUGGCUUACAGUUUAAUGGAACUCAACGUGAAGAGUACCGGUGAAUUUGAGCUGUGCCUGCUGCCAGACACCUAUGGACACAUUGAAAUAGAUGGCUUGAACAGUGCAAAUGCAACACUGCUCAACACCAUGCCAACUGAAUCACCAGUCCAAAAGCUACAGCAAGAAUGGAAUAAGUUGCAGAUAGAUUUUGAGGUGCUUUCAGGACUCCCUGUCAGCACACGCUCACUUCUCUUACAGCAAAUCACUCUUCUCCUGAAGGACAAGGCAGCCAUCAGUACCCUGGACUUUGCACUGAGGGAUUUGCUUGAAGGUAGGAAACCUGAUCUGUCCUCACUGGACAAUGUGCCCUCUCUGAAAAAAGCAGCACAGACUACACUGGAGUUGUUCAAAGAGACAGAAUGUGCAGGCCAUGGGCCUUUGGAAAGAGUCACCAUUGAACAACAUUUAGAGCCGUCUACCCUCACUGCCAUCAACAUCCUCACCAAUGCAUUAGAGAAGAUGACUGAAUCAACCUUGAGUUUGCUCGAGUCCUGCUGUAGUCGCACCACCAUACAGGCACUGCAGCAGCUGGUGCAAAAUGUUCUGGGAAAUACAGAGUGCUCCCUGAAGGAUAGCACUUUGGCCCCAUUGGCUGAAAAGGACACUUAUAGUAAAGUACAAGAGCUGUUUGGGUCUUCUAAUGUGUUGCUGUCCAAAGAGGAGGAAUUAAUCCAAGUUCAAAUCAGCAACCAGCAAGAGGAUAUUUCUCUAAUUCUGUUCAUUGCCAUCUUUGGUUUGGCCUUAUUAUCAACCGACUAAGUGUGAGGACGGACAGACUGUGGAAAACAGAAGAAUAAUCUCAAUCUCUCUCUUCUUUCUGUUUCUUUCUUUCUUAGAGUGGAAUAAGUGUGUUUGUGUGUGUGUAUAUAUAUAUAUAUAUAUAUAUAUAUAUAUAUAUAUAUAUAUAUAUACACACAUUAUAUACGUAUAAUAUAUACAGUAUAUACACAUACACACACACACAUAUAUUCUCCUUGUAAAUAUAAGUGCAGGGUAUACUUUAUUUUAUCCCAAGACUACUUCAAAAAGUGAGAGGAAGCUACUGAACAAAAUUUGUUUCAGACAUUUGAGCUUGUCCCUGUUUAGACCAUUUCCAAAAUCUCAACCGUUCACAUCUGCUGCUUAAGGUGAUAAUGUCACAUUCCUCUUUUGCUGACUGCAGGGCACAAACCCAAUUUAACCACUCCAUAAAGAUAAUAAAGUAAUUUAAAGCAGCAGGCAUGGGUUUAGAUGAAAAAACACCAGCACAACCAAAAUAUUUUUAUUUCUUACAUAUUUACAUCCUUUAUAUGUCUCAUGAAUUGCUCAAUGAGAUCAGGUAUGAUUUCAGUGAUGAUAGAGGAAAAACAUGACACAAAACAUGCCUAUUUUUUAUUAUUUACCAUUAAAUUGUAUUGCCACUUCUCAUAUUCUUUGAAAAUGUAUUAAUAAAUAAAAUGUAUUUUUUCCAUGA